AUGAAUGUUGAUGCCAAUGAAGAUAAAGAUUCAUUAACGAUUGAAAAUAUUAUUUUUGCAGGUUCAGGUCAUAAAGUCUGUAUUAUUUGUCGAUCUAAAGUACAUGCUGAUUCAGUUGUUAUGCCAAAAGCAGCAAGUUUGAAUCUUUUAGUGCUGAAACGAAUGUAUGCUCCUCAUGGAGUUCGAAUAUGUACAGACCAUUUAUGGAACGAUCGAUUAUUACCAGACACAAGAGUAAACAUGGAAAAUCGACAAACACGAAUAGCGAAAUUGGAACCAUCUAUUAUUUUGCAAUUAUUUAAUGAUCUUUUAGGUUUAUUACAAGAAGCAUCUUCAGCAGCACAAUUAGAUUUCAUGGAUCCUUGUUUAACGAAUGAAGAUUAUUUGUCGUGGGCUGGAUGGAAUCAAAAAGAAUUCGAAGAUAUCCCAUUUCAAAAUGACACGCUACCGACACAUGUGUCGACACAAAAUUUCGUUAUUCUAAGACUUGAGUAA